CACUCUAUUUGAGGUUGACGCCGAAGCAUCCACUUUGUGUGGAGUCGAAGUCACCAUUACACGGACAAGUUUGGGCUUUCGGGGAAGCCGCGAAGUUUCCCUCUGGAAUGAAACUAUGUGGUGCAGGUUUAGGGCCCGUUCCCAACUCUGACGGGUUGAGGCUGCAAAGGCCUCGAGCGCGGGGGGACGAAGUGGCUCCGGUCGUCGUCGAGAAUGCGAGUGCUUUCCUGUGCGCUGCUUUCGUUUCCCCGCGUCUUCGCAGUCCUGGCGUUCCUUCCUUCCGCGUCAAGUCCUCCGAGAGACACAGGCACAGACAGGAACCCUAGGCCUUCGACUUGCCGCAUACGCAAAGGAUGACCUUCGCAGCACGUUUAGCAACAAGGGCCGGGUUGGGACUCGGAGCUUCGACGAUCGCGACAGGGCAAAGCUGUGUUGCUCGCGGAAUUGCGAGGCCACAAGCGUACUCGACCGGCGCUGGCCCUUCGGCCGACACUGAUAUCCUCCAAAGACUACGAGGAGACCUCUCAACCGCCCUCAAAGCCAAGAACAAAAGCGUCUCAACCCCCAUCCGCUCCCUCCUCAGUGAAAUCACCUACGCCCAGAAACAACAAACCCCAGCAGCAAGCACCGCAGCGACCGUCGCAGUCGUCCCCAUCAUCCGAAAAGCGAUAAAGAAGCGCCAAGAGUCCGCAGACGCGUUCCGCGCGAACCAGCGGGACGAUCUGGCCAUGAAGGAGGAGGAGGAGGCCAAGUUCCUCGCGGCGUAUUUGCCUGCGCAGCUGACGCCAGCCCAGGUUGAUGAGUUGGUGAGGCAGAUUGCCCUGGAUUUGGGGGUGAAGGGGCCGAAGGAUAUGGGAAAGGUGAUGAAGGAGGCGAAUGUGAGGAUUGAUGAGUCGGUUGCGCCGAGGAAGGUUGUCGCUGAUGCCGUGAAGAGGAUGAUCAGUAGCUUAUAGGGUGGGGUUGAUGUUGAUGUGCGUGAGGAGGGAUUUAGGGCAGAUAUAGAUAGACCGUAGGCUUUGACACUCAAUCGCAUAUAUGGAGUUCCAUGCCUCUGUAUAGAGUCUCCGUGAUGCUAUGAA